AUGACACAGAGAAGAACGCGCAUAGGGUCACUGCCUGGGGGUCGCCGGGGCGCGUCUGGACCUGGAGCUGGACGUGGCAGCAUGCGGACCGCCAGCCGAGCGCGAGGAGCUGCACGAUCACCUAGCAGGCCCCCGCAUUCAUCAUCCCCACCAGAAGGCUUGGUGUCGGCUGGGUCUUCUCGGACUCAGCAAGCGGCACACGCCGCUGGUGGAGCACGUCGCAUGCGUUGGAUAAAAGCUAUGAACGAAAACGCAUUGAGGGCGUACUACAGGGCGAAAGGGGAAGAAACUGUGGGAAUAACGUAUAGGGUUCGGAUGCAUUGCUUUUUUGCUGAGCUGGAGCCGUCUAUUCCUGUCACGGAACAAAACCUGGCAGACCGAGUUCUGUACAUCAUGCGCUCGAAAAUAUUUGAUGAUGCCGAACUCGAACGACCACGACGUUAG